CCUAACCCGAGGAAAGGCAUAAAGGCUUGCGGCGUCACCUCCAGCCGCGACGCUGUCCGGGUCGGCCCUUCGCUCCGGGCCUGAGAGGGGCGGCGGCGGCGGCGGGGUCAGGGGCCGCACAGAAUGAACCCACAGUGGAAGAGAAAAUACUGCAAACUGUUUGACUGCUGGUGAAGAUGGUCUUUUAUUUUUGUGACAGACAACUUUGGAAUCUGUAAUAGAAAUGAUGGCUGGCUGUGGUGAAAUUGAUCACUCAAUAAACAUGCUUCCUACGAACAGGAAAGCGAAUGAGUCCUGUUCUAAUACUGCACCUUCUCUAACUGUCCCUGAAUGUGCCAUUUGUCUGCAAACAUGUGUUCACCCAGUCAGUCUGCCUUGUAAGCAUGUUUUCUGCUAUCUGUGCGUAAAGGGAGCUUCAUGGCUUGGAAAGCGAUGUGCCCUCUGUCGACAAGAAAUUCCCGAAGAUUUCCUUGACAAGCCAACCUUAUUGUCACCAGAAGAACUCAAGGCAGCGAGUAGAGGAAAUGGUGAAUAUGCAUGGUAUUAUGAAGGAAGAAAUGGGUGGUGGCAGUAUGAUGAGCGCACUAGUAGAGAGUUGGAAGAUGCUUUUUCCAAAGGUAAAAAGAGCACUGAAAUGUUAAUUGCCGGGUUUCUGUAUGUUGCUGAUCUUGAAAAUAUGGUUCAAUACAGGAGAAAUGAACAUGGACGUCGCAGGAAGAUUAAGCGGGAUAUAAUAGAUAUACCAAAGAAGGGAGUAGCCGGACUUAGGCUGGACUGUGACGCUAAUACUGUAAACCUAGCGAGAGAGAGCUCUGCAGAUGGAGCGGACAGUCUAUCAGCACAGAGUGGAGCUUCUGUUCAGCCUCUAGUGUCUUCUGUAAGGCCCCUAACAUCAGUAGAUGGUCAGUUAACAAGCCCUGCAACACCAUCCCCUGAUGCAAGCACUUCUCUGGAAGACUCUUUUGCUCAUUUACAACUCAGUGGAGACAGCAUAGCUGAAAGGAGUCAUAGGGGGGAAGGAGAAGAAGAUCAUGAAUCACCAUCUUCAGGCAGGGUACCAGCACCAGACACCUCCAUUGAAGAAACUGAAUCAGAUGCCAGUAGUGAUAGUGAGGAUGUAUCUGCGCUUGUUGCACAACACUCCUUGACCCAACAGAGACUUUUGGUUCCUAAUGCAAACCAGACAGUAUCUGAUCGAUCAGGAACUGAUCUGUCAGUAGCAGGGGGUGGAACAGUGAGUGCUGGUGUCAGAUCUAGAAGGCCUGAUGGACAGUGCACAGUAACUGAAGUUUAAAUAAAAAACUCUUCAAGGUUAAAAUGGUUAUCUGUAAAUUUAUGCCCACAUAACAUUAUACUCAUCCCUAGUAGUGCAUUUUGGGAGUUGGGGUGGGAAGGGGUAUGGGGAGGACAGACCUGUAAUAAAAAUGUUUAACAUGUCUCUGUUGAGGAAUUUAUUUAAUAUAAGGAACUCGGGCGUUAAUAGUUGAGAGUUGUUUAGUAAUAACCCAGUUUUUUUGAGGUCUGUUUUAUAGGUUUUUAAAAUUUCUUCAGUUCUUUUGGCCAGUGUGUGUGUAUUAUCUGUGCAUUAACAGUCCUCAUCUUAUUCUUGCAUUGUGUCUUAUUUUCCUGCAUGGAUUGACGUAAAACCAUUACUAAAACUUGGCACCUAUGAGAUGUCUGGUAUCAGUAUGAACGGGAAGCUUAAUUAAUAUGAAAAUAGAUGUGAAUUUGGAAUUUUAAAAUAGAUGAAUAACAACUAUUAAAUCGUAAAGUUACUGAAAUGGAAAUGUAAAGAAAACAGUUAAUAACUUAUGUUUCAGAAUCUUGUAACAUACUUCAUGGCGUUUCCCAUAGGCUUUGCUGUCUAGUCCUUGUAGUUUGAGGUUCCUCUUGAUCUGCAUUUUUCUUUUUGAUUACAGAAUUUAUAAUUUAAUAAAUACUAGAGUUUAUCAAAAAUAAUUUGUCUGUUGUUUGAGUCUGGACAGAGGAUAGAAACAUUUUGACAUUAGUGGCCAAAGGUUGAUAAACAGGUGAUGGUUUGGAGUGGUGGUAUUCAGCUUAGUCACCUGCUUGAAGUUUGAUUUAUUCAUAAAGAAUAAACAGAAUCUACAAGCAAUUGCACGGUAUAAGUGUGUAUGGAAUUAAAUCUACAGCCCGUGAGACUUAAAUUUCUUACAUAACUGGUAGUGGAGACCAUACUAGAUUUUCCUUGCCAGUCUUCAUUAGUGGCCUGACACUAAUGGAUUAAAUUGUAUUAUUUGUAAAUAGCAUUAGUAGACACAAAUUCACUUCACACAAAAUGUAGACUCUAUGGCAAGAUAGGAAGUCCUGGGUUAACUUGGAAAUCCAGAAUUUGGUUCUGAAAAAAGGUAGUGUGAGUUUGUUUUAAUGUUUUAACUCAAAACAGUAGGAUCAUGUUGAAGCCUAUGCAAGUUACUUUUAAUAUGUUUUUCAAGUAUGAAUUGAAUGUUACAAGAGCAAAUACAAACUGCCACUACUUUGAAAUUAUCUUUUAUCCCUUGCUGUGAUAGGUUAGAACUGGGACUUCAUUCUUUGACUUACUUUUAAAGCCUGUGUCAUUGAGAUCAUAAAAGUUUGAGCUGUGCAUUUUUAUUAAGUGUACUUUCAAAAUAGAGCUAGUUCUAAAAAAGAAAGGUUAGCCACUUUUCAGAAAAAAAUAGAAAUCUGAUAUAACAUGCGAAUGUAACAAUGAUGCAUCAUGAGUCCUUUUGAUGUCAGGACGUUUUGAUGUAAAGUUAAAUUGUAUUACUGUGUAAACUAAACAGUACUACUUACUAGUUCGGAAAUCCCAGGGCAUACAAAUGCAUGGCCAAUUUUGUAGAGUCAGUAGACUUUCCACAUGAUGGCUAUGGUUGUUUAGUAGAUCAUUUAAAAUAGAAACUACUAAAAUAUGCAGUAAGGCUCCAAAUUUUGUAGGGUGGUAAGGUGGGGAGCAUUUUUAUUUAAAAGAGCCAU